AUGUCUGCAGACUUACAGACCGAACUUGCGAAGCUCUCUCCGCCAAAACUCUCCCAGUCGGUCCAUCGCGAGGAGUGCACGCAGUGCUUUGACAACCAAGAUACUGAGCAUGGUGUUGAUGUCUGUCUUCACUGCUUCAACGGAGGCUGUCUCUCUACCGAGCGCCAUCACGCGCGCGAUCACGCCACCAAGACGGGUCACCGCUUCGCCCUAAACGUACGCCGGCGCUUGAAGCCCUCCAGCCAUCGCGGCGACGAUGAAGAGCCACCAGCAAAGAUGACGAAGCUGGCUAUCGUCGAAGAGCGCGAAGAAGACAAAUACGAAUUUAUCACUUCUCUGCGCGACUGGCAGACCGGACAGCUCUUGCCAGACCCAGCACCAAAGCAUCUCGUCGAUGGUGUUCUGACCGCGAUGAGCAGCGCUCGGCAGAGCGAGGUCAAGGCUUGGGAAGAGGAGAUCGUUGCUUGCGAACAUACCCUGAUGCUUCAUCCCGAGUCUACCGGCCCGAUCGAGGCGUCUGGGCUUGCCCACUGCAAGCAAUGCGAUUUAAAAGAGAAUCUAUGGCUGUGUUUGACUUGCGGCUCGCUUGGAUGCGGUCGCCAGUUAUACGGUGGCCUCGGUGGCAAUGGCCAUGGUCUUGCGCACUACCAGGAGACGCACCAUCCCGUCGCGGUCAAGUUGGGUACCAUCACACCCGAAGGCAACGCAGAUAUCUACUGCUACAUAUGCGAUGAUGCAAAAACCGAUCCUGAACUACCCGCUCAUCUCGCCGCGUUCGGCAUCAACGUUGCCUCGCAGACCAAAACGGAGAAGAGCAUGACUGAGCUCCAGCUCGAACACAACCUCCGCUUCGACUUCUCGCUCACCGACGAGUCCGGGAAGGCGCUCGAGCCAGUCUUCGGACCCGGCUUGACCGGUCUCGCGAACUUGGGCAAUAGCUGCUACAUGGCCUCAGUUCUGCAAACGCUCUUCACUCUCCCGGCGUUCCGCGAACGAUACUACGCGCCUGCAGCACAGCACUGGGCGACGUGUACGGAGACUUUACCUGCGAGCUGCCUGGAAUGUCAGAUGGUCAAGAUCGCCGACGGUCUGUGCAGCGGCCGGUACAGCGUUCCACGUACCAAAAGCGAGACUACGCCCAAGUCGAGCGAGAGCUUGCAACACGACUCGCCGGCGCCUGUCUUCCAGGAGGGUGUGCGUCCUGCGAGCUUCAAAGCGCUUGUGGGCAAGGGUCACGAGGAGUUCGCGAGCAUGCGGCAACAAGACGCGGAAGAGUUCCUUGCUCAUCUCUUGACCUCACUUCGGCGUACUCAGCAUGCGCAGGGAACGAAUACGGGUGGGGACGCGACACAGAUAUUUGCGUUUGAGGUUGAGCAAAGACUGCAGUGCGGAACCUGUGGUGGCGUGCGGUACAGGACAGACGCGCAAGACGCGCUAAGCGUGCCGGUCCCUGCGCGCAAGAAGAGCACAGACGAAGACGGAAAGACAACCUACGAAGACGUCCCACUCUCUGAAUGCCUGGACAUGGCCCUCAACUCCGAACAACUCUCCUACCGCUGCCCCAAAUGCGCCAAAGACGUCCAAGCCGUCCGCGGCAGCCGCCUAUCGACCUUCCCCGACGUCCUCGUCGUACACGCCAAGAAGUUCACGCUCGUCAACUGGGUGCCUACGAAGGUCGAUGUGCCCGUUAUCCUCCCAGACGGAGAUACGCUGGUGCUGGACGGGUAUAAGGGGAACGGGCUGAGGGAGGGCGAGGUGGCGUUGCCGGAGGAGACGGCUGCUGCGCCGGCUUUGCCGACGUUCAAUGCGGACGCGAUGGCGAUGCUCGCGGGGAUGGGGUUCCCGGAGAUACGGUGUCAAAAGGCUUUACUAGCGACUGGAAACGACAACGCGGAGGUGGCGAUGGAAUGGCUGUUCGCGCACAUGGAUGAUCCCGAUAUCGAUGCGCCAAUCCAGUUGCCUGGUGCUGGUGCGAGAGCUGGGCCGGAGCCGAGCGCGGAGCAGGUUGCCAUGCUAGCCGACAUGGGCUUUACGAGCGCGCAGGCGUCCAAGGCUCUUCGCGAGACUGGCGGCAACCCCGAACGCGCCAUCGAAUGGCUCUUCUCGCACCCCGACGACGACGGUUCCUCAUCCUCCGCUGCACCCGCGUCAGAUUCGGCCGCGCAGGAGAAAAAGGUCGUCGGCAACCCAAACUUGCCAGCAAAGUAUCGUCUCCGUGCUUUCGUCAGCCACAAGGGCCCGAGCGUGCACUCGGGACACUACGUCGCGCACAUCCGCCAGGGCGAGACCGACGAUUGGGUGCUGUUCAAUGACGAGAAGGUCGUCAAGGCGGAUGCGGAGAGUGUCAGGACGUUGAAGGCGUUGGCUUAUAUGUGGGUCUGGGAGCGGGUGUGA